AUGGAAAAAAGCUCUCAGAAACCCAUCCAGCCAUCCAAAGCCGUCGCGUACAGCCCCGAAUCGCGCAGGCCAAACCAAUUGGAACCAGAGAUCCCCCGCACCAGACUAUAUGGCAAUGCAAUUCGGACGCUGCAUGGUCAAAUCAACUCGGGCAACAUUCUCGGCAAGGAUGUUCUGUACACGACUGUAAUCUUCCAGAUCUAUGAGUUGAUAAAUUGCUCGCCGCCGGGUUUUAUGGCAUGGAUAGCCCAUGUGCAAGGUAGCAAUGCGGUCAUAGGUCAAUGUGCCGAGCGGAAGGAUGAAUCUAUCGCAGAAAAACCGUUCCAUCGACAACUGAAAUACGUUACUCUAUGCGAUGCGAUUGGAAAGCGUAAAACGGCCGCAUUCUACAACUCCUCGACAUGGCAAACUAGAUCAUCACACGGUACGGGCAAACUCGAUCCAAUUGAUGAACUUAUCGACAGGUUGGCAGAAUGCACCGCCCUCAUAGAGCGAGUCGACCAGUAUGCUCAAUGCAAUCUACAAGGCGUUACACAAAGUCGACAAACUGGUGAACAAUUGCUGUCGUCGUGUCUGUCUCUCGAGGGAAGACUGCACGAGACUUGCAUUGCUAUGCAAAAGAAGCUUGGCAGCCCUACGACGCUGUCCUCCAACGCUACUAUUUUGCAAGGAUUCCGAACUUCCCUUUCUACAGAUAUAUUCUCCGGUCAUCUUCAAUUUACGUCCCUGGCCUGUGUGGAGUCCCAUCAAACCUAUUGGGCUACACUGGUCCUCCUUUACCCGCUCAUUGACCAAUUACUCGGCAUUCUUGGGCAACCUGGGGAUGCUUAUACCUCAGCCAAAACAUGUCCUACUCCGAGUGACCAAACAGACACCGAAACAACACCGGGCUCGGAGAGUGCCGCAGAUUUUACGGCCUUGACCGAGCAUUAUGCGGAUGAAAUUUGCCGCUCGGUUCUCUACUGUAUACAGCCUGGCUUGAAGACUAUGGGCGCGCAGUUAAUGUUGGCACCUCUAAGCCAAGCUGCACAAUUCUACAAUGUGCAAGAGAUUAUUCCGAAACAUCAGUGGUGUCAAUCGGUCUUUAUGACUCUGUCUCACUUGGGCCUGGGUAUUGGUCCUCUGUUGAAAGACAUGGUAUGGCCUAAAUACCGGAUCGCUCAGAGACAGGAGUCAGCCUCUCCCGAGGUGGAAUCGCCCGAAGGAGGUUCUUGA